AAAACGAUUUUGAAUAGAAAAAAGAAAAGAACAAAGCAAAGCAAAGCUGGAACCUCGAAAGCAGAAGAAGAACCCAAAUUGAAGUAGCUUCGGUCGUGGAAUUGCUCGAUAUUGGUCUGUCUAGCUUGCGCGUGCCUGAAUCGUGGCUCUUGUACUGGCAGUGAGCCACAAGCACCAUAAUGGAAUUAGCUGACCGGGCAGUCGGAUUUAUGUUAUCUUUUAUCAGCUUAGCCAUAUUUACCUACUAUACCCUUUGGGUCGUUAUCUUGCCAUUUGUCGACCAUGAUCACUUCAUCCAUCAGUAUUUUCUGCCCCAAGAAUACGCCAUAAUCAUACCUGUGUUUGCUGGUGUGAUGUUGCUCUGCUUUUUAUGCAUAUUCAUUGGGUUUGUGAUGCUCAAAUCAAAAAAGAAGAAGGCAUGAUGCUCUUAAAUUUCACUUUAUUUUCUUUUCCCAUUUUUAUUUCCAGAUAUAAAGAUGUUUUAGAUGUGUAAAACAAAAUUAUUCACCUUUUGUUGUUUGAAAAUACCAAUUUAGUUUUGCAGUGAAGAAGUAUAAGCUUUCAAGGUUCC